UUCUGUGUCAAAUAAUUUAAGAACGCUUUAAAGCCAUGUCUGAUUCUAUCCAUGACUCCCCAACGUCAUUGUAUGCCGUGUCUCCAGGGUCAUCUAGUCGGUGUUCAACUCCAAGUUCUGUUAGUUCGUUAUUGUCCUCAUCGGGACCAAUAACUGGAAAUGAUGAUGAAUGUACCCGAGACGACAGCCCGAGUCUUAGUAACUCAUCGUCCAGUGUAGACGAUAACGUCAGAAGAAAAAGACAGAAAGGAACUGGCCGUGGUAGAAUAACUUUCUAUGCCUACCAACUUACUGGACUCACACAAGUAUUCGAACAGGAACAGUAUCCUGACCCGGCUCAGCGACAAAAAAUAGCAGAUGCACUGGAGUUGGAGUUUGACACAAUCACGAGAUGGUUUCAAAACCGACGUGCCAAGUACCGACGUGAAAGGAACAAUACAGUGCAUGUAAAAGAGGAAGGCUAUGGAUAUAGCAUGUCAGCAAAAGAGGGAAGGCAAGAGACAACCGUGACACCACCGCCCACAUCUUCUACUCUCACAAAUAGACAAGUUAGCUUGUUUACCAUGGAUUCAAUUCUUCAGUCCUCUCCUCGAGCACAUUUCAGUGGCGAAUCUACGCCUACAUCCACUCAUAAAGAUGCAGAAUCACCAGCACCCGGUUUUAAUAGUUAUUAUGAAUAUAACCCAUAUUAUUACCCACCAUAUAUGCAUCACUACUACCCUAUUGUUCCUGCGCACUCUAGAACCAUGUAUUUCUCCAAAGACAAGAGGGCCAAAUUCCGGGGCCACCGGAGCAACCUUUGGGAUUUAAGCUGUGGUGAAAAGAAGCGUUCAUGCGACGACAACGAGAGCGGGGGAGCCGGCAUUCAAACGAAGAAAAAUAGUGGACGAUUGUAA